GAAACAUUUCGCGCAUGAUGCAUCACGUACAGUGUCGCGACUGUUUUGCUCGACCCUAGACUGUAGAUCUAGAGUCGCCGAGCCGUCUGCGAUUGCCUACAUGUCUCCGUGCCCGUUGGGUCGGAAAAGCAGCGACCCACAUUCGUCACUGCGUCGUAUCGUCUUGGCUUUGCCGCACAUCUGCGUUUCCAGACCAAACCUACUGGCUACGGCGCCCGCUCUGCAUCUCGGUAUGCCGAUUCUAUCUACAAUACACUUCCCGCGAGCGGACCACCUCGACAUUUAAGAUGGACAGCUUUGUAACAGCGUAUCUUGUGCUCUAAGCAUACUCUUCACACCAUGUCCAGCCCACUUUGGCCCCCCUUGGACGGCUCGAUCUCUGUCGUACCUGGCUUCAUCGACUUCCACGCAGAGCACAAUCCAGACCGCCCAUGGGUCGUGUUCCCUUCGUCUUCGUCGCCAGACGGCAUCGGCAGUCUGACUUACGCAGACUAUGCCAAAGCGACGCAUAGAGUUGCACAUGCGUAUAGGCCAUACAGACAUGGACCGGAAGGGCAAGUCAUCGGGGUAUUGAUCAACUGUGAUACAAUACACUACGUGGCUAUCGAAUCUGGGCUUAUACGAGCUGGUCUCAUCCCUUUCUUGAUUUCGCACCGCAACUCCCCUGAGGCCGUCGCACACUUGCUCGAGAAGACGAGUGGUCACCGACUGUUGGUGCAGGACUCGACCAUUUCGCUCGCACACAGUGUCAAGAAGCUACUAGACACCAAGAGCUUUGACGUUUUCAUCGAGGAUCUCAUCCCGCUGCACGCACUCUUUCCAUCACUGUCCCUUGUCCAGCAGAAUGGUGCAGCGAAAGACCCGGAGCACUACCCGCCAGCACCGAUGCCUUGGAAGAAGGACGAUGUCGUGUAUAUCAUACACUCUUCUGGCUCAACGGGCCUACCAAAGCCUGUCCCGCAAACACAGGGGUUUAUGAGGCACUGGGUGACAUCCGACCAUAGCGUCGAAGGUCGAAAACGCAUGAUCCGCUGGGCGCCGAUGAUGCUCCCGCCCUUCCACGCGAUGGGAAUCAUGUUUAUUCUGGCUAUGCCGCUCGUCCAGGCCGAUGCCGUUGCGCUCUUUGCCCCGCAGGCACCCAAUCCCCCGCUCGUACCUAAUCCCGAAAAUACUCUCGAGGCUAGUCGCAUCACGCGGUCCAAUGGGCUGGUAGUCGUGCCUUCAGUGCUCGAGAUUUGUAGUCGAAACCCGGAGAGCAUCAGGUACCUCGCCACCCUGGACAUCGUAGCCUACGGUGGCGGUCCGCUUUCGCCAGCGUCAGGAAACAAGCUUGCCGCCGCGGGCGUGAAGCUGAGUAUCAUCUACGGUUCGACAGAAGGUGGCAGCUCCGUCGUCGCCUUCGACCUCGAUGAUUCGCAGGGGCCCGACGCGCCGUGGCGGACCAGCGCCGACUGGGAGUACUGCAAGUUUGCAGACUACAUCAAGCCGCGGUGGGUUCUUCAGGACGACGGCAGGUAUGAGCUGCAUAUGCUCACGCACGAGCACCAUCAGCCCAUGGUGGAAAACCUUCCUGACACGAAGGGCAACAACACCUCGGACUUGUGGGAGCCGCACCCGAAGAAAGCAGGAUACUGGCGCAUCGUUGGGCGUACAGACGACGUUAUCGUCCUGAGCUCGGGCGAGAAGAUCGUCCCCAUCCCACAGGAGCACCAUAUAGCUGCGAGUCCGCUCGUGAAGGGCGCGGUCAUGUUUGGGCGCACGAAGAUGCAGCCCGGGCUCCUGCUCGAACCUAUGCCCGAUCACGAGAUCGACCCGAACGACGACGCGCAGGUGGCAGAGUACCGGAACAAAGUUUGGCCCGUGGUCGAGGAGGCCAAUCAUCUUGGGCCUGCGUUCACCAGAGUCUUCAAGGAGACCAUCCUGGUCGCAAGUCCCAACAAGCCGCUGCCGCGCUCGGGCAAGGGCACCGUCCAGCGCAAGAUCACGCUCGACCUUUAUGCGCCCGAGAUCGAGAAGCUUUACGAAACUGUCGAGGACAGCACCAACUCCAUGGGCAUCAAUCCGCCGUAUUCAUGGCGCCCAGAAGACAUCCAAGACUGGCUGCUGGAACAUGCCGCGUCUCUGAACGAAGGGGUCACCCCACCGGCCGAUGCGGACAUAUUCUCGCAUGGCUUCGACAGCUUGAAUGCCACCUUGCUGCGAAAUCGUGUCGUUGGCGGCCUGCGUGCAUCGCAGAACAAGGCCGCGCAGCAAGCCGCUGCGACGAUUUCCCAGAACUUCAUCUUUGACUUCCCGCGAAUCGUGCUGAUGGCCCAGAUGAUUGCACAGCUCGUCGACCCGUCUUCCGUCGGCGUCGUAGAGAAGGACCGCGCGGAGCACAUCGUCGAGCUCAUCGACAAGUAUUCUGCAGACCUCCCGAGACCGCACGGACGAGCCGAGUACGCACCGGGCACCGUUGCGGUCCUCGUGACGGGCUCGACCGGCAACCUCGGCUCGCACAUCGUGGCAGCGCUUCUCGCGAACGAGUAUGUCGCGAAAGUUUACACUUUG